UUUUCGGGAGAUAAACCUGAUUUUCGAUGGAUCGAGUGACCCGUCGAGGCACGUGAGAGCAUUCGAAAACAUGUCCGUCUUACAUGGAUACUCAGAUCCGGUCAGCUGCAGGGCCUUCCUGUCGACUUUACGAGGAGGUGCGCUUGACUGGUUCCACCAACUGGCUCCAGGUUCGAUCAGAGACUUUGAGGACUUCGCAGGACAACUCACUAAUCAAUACUCAAGCGCGGUCGCCCAUGAGAAGACAUACCUCACCCUGAUGGCAAUGAGGCAAGGCGAGAAAGAAUCCUUACAGAAAUAUGUUUCUCGAUAUAACCAGGUGUGUCUGGAGGUGCCCACGGCGGGUGAUGAAGUGAAAGCAGGAGGAUUGAUUAGAAGUCUAAGGCCAGGACCAUGUCGAACGUCGCUGGCAAAGACGCUUGCUCGAACUUACGAUGAGGUACUCAAAAUAUGCAAGAAAUACAUUAACUUGGAAGAAACGGAAGCAGAAUUCGCCAAGCUCGAGGACGUUGUGAAGCCCGAGCAGAAGAAGGGAAAAACAGGUUCGCCCAGAAGGGGAUCGCCUAGGAAAAAUUCUCCCAAAGGAGGAUCUUUUAAGAGGUCGUCGCCCAGGAGGAGUGGGCAAAACUCGUUCCGAGAGAGGCGAGAAGAUCGCUGGCAGGGACGACCUCGGCUACCAAGCGGUCAGAGAUAUAAUCAUUUUACCCCCAUCAACGCCCAGAUGGGCGAACACUUGAAUCUGGAAUUAAAACCGGUGGUGACGGCCUUAUACGGGUUUAACGGUGGGGAGGUAAUGCCAAUGGGAGAAGUGAGCCUGACCGUAGCAUUGGGGUCAGGUGACUCGAGGAAAGUGAGAAUGAUCCGGUUUGUGGUGGUCGGAGCAGAAUCGUCUUAUAAUAUCAUUCUAGGACGGACAGGUUUAAACGCGUUCCAAGCAGUCGUGUCUACCUACCACAUGACGAUCAAGUAUCCUGUGGGGGAAAAUGUAGGCGAGGUUGCAGGGGACCAACUCACGUCGAGGAGUUGCUACCAGACCACAGUCAGUAACAACAAGCAGAUGGCGGAGAGGCAGUUCAAAGGUAAAGAGGCGAGGCCCGAUCGGCCAGAAGGAUCACGGUCGAAAGAGGAGAAAGGAGGACAAGAUAAGGGGAAGGAGAAGAUAGAUAUACAGCCCGGAGAGGAGAUUGAGGAAGUUCAAAUGGUGCAGGGAUGCGAUGACCGAAAAUUCAGAAUCGGAAAAGAUUUGGGGGAGCCGGUCAGGUCAAAGUUGAUCAAUUUAAUAAGGGAAUUUACGGACAUCUUUGCGUAUACAACGGACGAGCUGACAGGGAUCGAGGCCAGGGUGAUUGAGCACAGACUUAACAUUGAUCUUAGUGUCAAACCGGUGAAGCAAAAGAGAAGGCAUCAUGGUGUGGAGAUGGACAAAAUCAUCGAGCAGGAGGUCGACAAGCUGUUGAACGCUGGACACGUUAAAAAGAUUCAGUUCCCCGAGUGGUUAUCCAAUACAGUCAUGGUGUCCAAAUCAGGAGGGAAGUGGAGGAUGUGCAUCGAUUUCCGUGAUCUAAACAAGGCUUGCCCGAAAGAUCUUUACCCGCUGCCAAGGAUCGACCAGCUGGUGGACUCCACGGCAGGAUGCGAGUUGCUUAGCCUGAUGGACGCCUCUCAGGGAUAUCACCAGAUCCCCUUAGCAAAGGAAGACUGGAAGAGGGUGAGUUUCAUAACAAGCAAGGGCACUUAUUGCUAUGUAGUCAUGCCAUUCGGACUAAAGAAUGCCGGGGCCACCUACCAACGUCUCGUCGACCAAAUUUUCAAAGACCAGUUGGGAAGGAAUAUGGAGGUGUAUGUCGACGACAUGCUGGUAAAAAGCAAGAAGGAGGACGACCACGCGGCUGACCUGAGGGAGACCUUCCAGACAUUAAGGAGGUUUGGCAUGAAGCUCAACCCGGCUAAGUGCUCGUUCGGGGUAAAGUUGGGAAAGUUCUUGGGGUACAUGGUGACAAAGCGAGGGAUAGAGGUGAAUCCUGAAAAAGUAAAAGCGGUGAUCGAAAUGAAGCCACCGGCUAAUGUGAAGGAGGUCGUAAUACUAACUGGUCGGAUAGCGGGCUUAAGCAGAUUCAUUUCCAAGGUGGCCGAAAAGAGCAGCCCUUUGUUCAAAACCCUGAAGAAGAGCUCGAAAUUUCAGUGGACAGAGGAAGCCCAAAAAGCCUUCGAGGAGCUGCAGAGGACGCUGGCUAACUUGCCCUUAUUAGCCAAGCCAAUUCACGGAGAGGAGCUCGUGCUCUACAUAUCGGUGGGCGAGAGUGCUGUAAGCUCAGUAUUAUUACGAGAAGAAGGAGUGGCACAAUUCCCAAUUUAUUAUGUCAGUCGGGUAAUGCAAGGAGCAGAGUUGAGGUACUCGGAAAUUGAGAAAUGUGCGCUGGCGGUGGUCGUGACAGUUCGGAAGCUGAGGCCAUACUUCCUGAACCACAAAGUCAAGGUGCGCACAAACAUGCCGUUGGAGCAGACUUUAGGUCGACCAGCAGUGUCUGGUCGACUAGUAAAGUGGGCGGUCGAGCUGAGCGAGUACUCUAUAAAAUAUGAACCAAGAAAGGCGAUCAAAGGGCAGGUGUUGGCCGAUUUCAUACAGGAAGGAACAAAGGAGGAGGAAGAUGGCGGAGGAAUGUGGCA